AUUAGUUACAUUGUUACAACCGAAAUGGUCAAACGCAUUUUAAUUUGUUUCCUGCUCUUCCUAGUAAACCAUUUGUAUGCGAGUGAUUUCGAAAUUAAUUUGAUAAAGCAACUGAGCAGAGGUCGAUUGUCGCAGAACUUUGUGUUCUCUCCAUUUGCGGUUCACCAGGCUCUCGCACUCCUCUAUCUGAGCAAGAAUAAUGUCAAGGACCACCAGUUGGAACAGGCCCUCGAAUUAACCGGACUUGGUCAAGAGGAGAUCUUGUCCUUUUUCGGAGAAGCUCGGGAAAAGGCUGUUAAGGAAAAAUUUACGUUGGCAAAUCGGAUUUAUUUGUCCGGUGAUUACAGUGCAUUGCAGAAUAUUAUGCAAUUUAGCGGAAAUCUCGGCGUGGAGGUGAAAAAUAUGACGUUCUCCGGCGACCACAGUUCAGCGGAAGAGAUCAAGAAGUGGUUGAAUAAAUCCAUCAACAAGGCUGGACACAAUCUAUUUGGCAAGAAGGAUAUAACCAACUCCACUAGACUUGUGGCUGUUCAAGGAAUGUCAUAUUCAUGUGUGUGGAAACACCGAGAAAUGGCGAUGACAAAUAGAUUAUUUAGCUUUAUACGGCCAAACAGAAAACCAUAUGUCUAUAAGGUCGAAAUGAUAUACACCGAAGCACCAAUGGAGUUUUUCAACGAGGAUCAAGUUCGCGGUGUUAUGGUCCCAUUCUCUAACACCGAUAUCGGAAUGCUGGUAUUGCUGCCAAGGCCACGUUAUUCCACCCAGCAAAUACUGCAAAACCUGGACAAAAUUUUGAACAUUAAGUUGCGAGAAGCGGAGAAGACGCAUCUCUUCCUGCCGAAAUUUAAAGUCCACGAAACUAUUGAUCUUAAUUCGGCGCUGAAAGCUUUGGGCAUCAAGGAUGUGUUUACCAACGGGAAUAUCAAAUCUAAGUCGAAUGCUGCUAGUUUUAAGCAGUAUAAUUCCCUGGAUGUGGAUCAAAAUCGGGUGUUAAUGACCAUAGAUGUGGGCUCUGACUUCGACGAUAGAGUCCUAUAUGUCAACCGGGGCUUUGUGUUCGUAAUCAAGGAUCAGAGCACCAUUUACAUGGUCGGUCGCAUGGAGUCGGUUUGACAGUGCGGUUGCGGGAAUUUACAGUGAAAUGUCAGCUGAGUUGUAAAUUAAAUUAACUCGAAUUAAUCCGAGCAGGAGCCGCA